AGGGAAACAGAAGGGCCGGGUACUUGGAAGAAACCAAACAAAAGAACCCGAGAAAAGGCCAUCACUGGGGGAGAGAGAGGGAGAUCUGCGGGGCGACGCGUCGCGGUUUCCCGGCGGCCAAGGUUCGAUUUUGAUCCCAACCCCGGAUUCCCCACCCCGAUUCGUCCCCGCCCAACUCGGACUGGUUUCUGCCAAGUCUUUGGAGUAGGGUUUCUUGCCGGAAUCGCAGUCCCCUCCAUGGGAUGCGUCAGUUCCAAGCAAUUCCACGGCGGCGACGAGCACGGCGGCGAGGGGAAGCCUCGCCGCCGCCCAUCCAGCAACUCUCUGAGGCGCCUGGUUAGUUACAACUCCAGCAAGAGGCAUGAGGACUUGGAGGAGGAGGACGAAGAAGGCGGGGUUGUGGCGGCCACGUCCUCCAGUGCCGGACUUCGCGUUGGGAAAGAUGCGAGUACGGCGAGGCUGAUUCGGAAGCCCCCGGUGGCGCCGGUAGUGGUCGAUGCAGUGGUGGCACUGCCGGAGGAGGCGGCCGCGGUGGCGGCCGGCGUGGUCGAUGUGGAGAGGGCAGUUGCUGCGCCUGCGAAUCGCAGGCGUGUUCCUAAUGGUGUGCCGGCAGAGCAAGAACCAAGGAGUGGUGGCAUCAGGAGUGAGGCGAAGCCGAGGAUCACAGAUGUGCCGAACGGAUUGGUGGCGGAGCAUGUGGCGGCUGGCUGGCCGAGGUGGCUCACGGAGGUGGCCACGGAGGCGGUCCGUGGGUGGCAGCCUCGCAAGGCAGAGUCCUUCGAGAAGUUGGACAAGAUAGGGCAAGGUACCUACAGUAGCGUUUACAAAGCACGCGAUCUCGAGAAUGGAAAAAUUGUGGCGCUUAAGAAAGUCCGGUUUGCCAAUAUGGAUCCUGAGAGUGUUCGAUUUAUGGCAAGGGAAAUUCACAUCCUAAGAAGACUUGAUCAUCCAAAUGUUAUUAAGCUUGAAGGUUUGGUGACGUCACGCAUGUCUAGUAGCUUGUAUCUUGUAUUCGAAUACAUGGAGCACGAUCUUGCGGGUCUUGCAGCUACACCUGGCCUAAAAUUCACAGAGGCUCAGGUCAAAUGUUACAUGAAGCAGCUACUCUCUGGACUUGACCACUGUCAUAAUCGUGGUGUUCUGCAUCGGGAUAUAAAGGGUGCUAAUCUUCUGCUUGACAAUAAUGGUGCCCUCAAAAUAGCAGAUUUUGGUCUGGCUACAUUCUUUAAUCCGAACCAAAAGCAGAAUUUGACAAGUCGUGUUGUAACUUUAUGGUACCGGCCUCCGGAACUUUUGCUGGGUGCUACUAACUAUGGUGCCACUGUUGAUCUCUGGAGUGCUGGUUGCAUCCUUGCGGAGUUACUGUCAGGGAAGCCUAUCAUGCCAGGACGAACUGAGGUGGAACAGUUGCACAAAAUAUUCAAGCUUUGUGGUUCACCAUCAGAGGAGUUCUGGGCUAAUUUGAAGUUGUCACGUGCUACCAUCUUCAAGCCACAACAUCCGUAUCGUCGUUGUGUGAAUGAUGUGUAUAAAGAGUUCCCUCCUUCAUCUUUGGCACUUCUGGACCGUUUACUUGCUGUAGAACCUGAUAAUAGGGGUACUUCUGCUUCUGCCCUUGAAAGCGAAUUCUUCACAACGAAGCCUUAUGCCUGUGAUCCAUCGAGUCUACCAAAAUAUCCUCCAAGCAAGGAAUAUGAUGCUAAGCUUCGAGAUGAAGAAGCUAGGAGACAAAGAGCAGCUGCGGCCAAAGGGCAUGAUUCUGAAACUGGACGGAGGAAGCAACUUGCAGCACCAAAUGGCAAUAAUGAAUUGCAGGUAUUGCCAAAUUAAAUCCGAUCUUAAGUAUGGUAAUAAUGAAUUACCAAUAAUCAAGCUAAAAUAUCAGUAUAUGCAGCCUUUUGAAACCCUGGUGGAAAAAUGUCAUUCAAUACCAUACGCUAGCAGUUCAGUGUUCCAAUAUAUACAUGACUCGCUAUAAGUGGCACUUCAUACCAGAGUAGGAGAACUUUUUUCUGGAAGUAUGCGAUGCAAUGCAAUUGCUUCUUGAUUUGUUUGGAAGUUAAUUUAUGCAAUUGUUUUAUCGUAACCAUGCAGUAAUUCAUCUGCGUAAUACACAUGCACUGUUUCAACUCCAGAAGCACAUUAACUGUGUAUAGCAAUUAAUUCUGCCAUACUGUUAAAUAUAAACACUAGGCAUUUGUUAUAACUCAAAA